AUGGUCCAACCCAACGACUCUGCCCUUAUCCACAUUCCAGCCGUUGUGAAACCACUCGCUCCUUACAUCAAAUCCCGCCAGGAAGCCCGUCAGAUCCGUCAGGCAUUGACGUCUUAUCUUCGAUCAUUCAUCGUAUUCGACGAAGACCAAUCGACUCAUCUCGCUCAAUCCCACCUCGGCCUGUGUGCGCCAACUGACGCCGUCGCGGAGGUGAAGCGCAUCCCUAGCGACCUACACGGACUACGGAGGGAUUAUUUGAAGGCGUUGGCGGCAAAUGUUGCAGCUCGCAAGGACUUUGCCGCAGCCUCUGAGAAUGUUUCCUCAUUGAGAAGGCAGAGGAACGAGCAAACCCGCCCUGCUGAUGACGCAGAUCAGCAAGAACCCGGUGCCGAACUCCGUGAAUACCUGACCCUCCUACGCGAUCGCCGGCGACAUACCAAGCUGCAAGUGUUUCAACAUUACCUUGAGGAGUUAAAGACGAGAGAUAAGGUUGGGUUGGGGGAUAUUGAGAAUGGAGGGGAACAACCGCCAUUGCCCGAGGUUGAAGCGGGUCGCAAUGGUUCCGAAACGGACUUGGAUGAACUCGUUCACAAUCUCGAGAGGGCUGUCAUUCAUGCUAGGGCUCAAUUAGAUCGCGAAAAGCAACUAUUCGAGAAAGCCAAGGCACGGAAUGCAUCUCAAGAGAAGUCUCAGAUUGAAGUCUCGCCUGAGGUCAAAGCUCAAGCUUUACAAAAGACCCGCGAUGAGCUAGUUCAAUGGGUUGAGGAACGGCUUGUUGGUCAGGGAGAUCCGGAUGAAAGUGUACUCCAGGACCUGCCUGCGGAGGAAAUUGAGCAGGUCCAGCGGGAGCUUGAGGAGCGCAAGAUGCAGAUUGCAGAUCAGUACGCUGCAUAUGUACAGGCGCGGCGAGAGCUUCUCGAUGCCGCAUCCAAGGCAUGCCAACCACCCACCGUGCCGCCCAAACCUCCAUCCAGAUCAACCUACAAGAACGAACUCACUACAGUGGAGAUACCACCGCCAAACCCAAUCGAUGUGCUGUCGUACGCAAGCGAAAACCUGGUGCCAUUAUCAAAAAGCCAUAAGGCUCUGGCUCUCCAGAAAACCUACCUAUCCGGCUUACUCUCCAAGGAAAAGUCCACAACGCUCCGAGCUCUCCAUCGCCUCAGCGACGAAUCCCAUUUGCUCCCUGAAUAUCCAGUUCUUUCGCGUCAGCCACGUUUCAAGCACGCGGUAGCUGCUCUCAGUUCUCGAACCCAGACGCAACCUUCAGACCAACCCACCGACGAAGUCCUCAGUCUCGCCGAAGCAUGGGCGUUUGCCUCUGAAGCCGCAGCCACCAACGAACGAGAGUUCGUCCAGCAAAAAAUUGCACUGGGUACUGAAGUUGCUCAAGACGCGAACAGGACCCUGACUGAUGUGUAUGGAAUUCUCAAUCAGGACCUCGAUGAGGUCAUGCACGGCCAGGAACGGGAGCGGGAUGGGUCAGAUAUCUGGACCUCCGAAGCUCGCUCCAGAGGGUUACCGAAGGCUAGUGGGUCUCGCAUCGAGAAGCGACCGAAGGGUCCUUGGUCAGGCUUGAAUGGAAGGGUUGGUGUGGAAUAA